AGCAAACGUCAAUACGCCAUGACAAGUCAGUUGUAAACUGAGUUUGGAUUGCAAAAAAUUUUUCUUAACCAUAACAAAUUGUUUUUAACUACUUUAUGCUUUAAAUAUUAGUUGUCUAAUUAGAAAUUGCACGAAACUGUGAAGCAAGCAAAGCCAUUGUAAAAUGGUGUACAUAGAUCGAGAUGGCAGCGUUUUGCAACGCCGGCCUUGGAGCGUGUCUCGCGUAUUGGAGAUUUUCACAGGCCUUUGGUUCAUAUCGAUUACAUUUUUCAGAGGACUACUAUCGCCAUUUAUGAAGGAUGAGCAUAGCAGCAGUGGUGGUAAUGGCCGCAGAGGCGGUUGGGGCGGUGGCUAUGGCGGCGGCGGCGGAGGAGGUGGAGGCGGUGGCGGUGGUUCUGGUGGUGGAGGAGGUGGCGGCAGCGGCGGUGGUGGUAGCUUUGGACCAAACCGUCGCAUUGGACGCAUAAAUAACACAUCAAUGGACGCACCAAGUUGCGGCAGUUGUUGUGGAUAAAUGGCAGUUAUGCCUACUUAUGGCUCAUAAGCCAUGACAAAAAGUGAACGAGUACUGCCUAACAGCAUUUUGAGAUUCGUUAAAACGAAUCAGUUAUAUAUAUUAUAUACAUAUAUGCAAUUCCACUCUAUGAAACCGCUUUACGAGGUUAUCAGGUACCUCCGGGCCAUUAGAGUUUACAUAAUUUUUUAAUUUUAAAAUAUUUCUUGUGAAGUGAAAGACUUUUGAACUGACGAAAAUCAAAUCGUGAAUGCAUAUAAUGCAAAAUUUGUUAAUAAUUUAUAUUAUAUUUUUGUCUUUAGAAAUGUUUUUUUGCUGAAUGGAAUUCCAUAACAAAAUCUUGACUAUUAUUAUAUAUUUUUAUAAUAUUAAAUUUAGUGUUACUCCUAAAAACUUGUAAAUCUCACUCAAAAAAAAAAAAAAUCAAAAAACCCUGCACUAACCUCAUAGUCUUGGGGGGAAUAAUAAAAAUGAUGACAUUUAUAAAAUUGCCUAUACUUUAUUACGUAAAUCGAUGUAUGUAUGUACAUAUAUGUAAGUAUGUAUAAAUUUGGUAAAAUCUUACAAUGAGUUAAAAAUAAUAUAUGGAAUCACAAUAAAAUAUUUAAUAAUUUUU